UUUUUAUCCUAUACUUUAUUGUAUUAUUUAUAUCCUCCUUCUUUAUAAUGCUUAAUUCUGAAUCUACAGCUAUAUAUAAGAAAGACGUCCUUCGUGUUAUACUUGAUGAGCCCAGACUAUUUCUUGAAGAGUCCUUAGGCUCUACCUUAAUUCGUGGUGAAGUGAUUGUCAAUUUUCCAAAAGAUACCCCUAUACAAGGUCCAAUUGAGCUUGUAUUUGAAGGAACACAGCGUUUUCAUACUUGGCCAGAAAUCAUGCGAGGUAGAUCACUGGGUAACCCUAUUGAAACUAAACUCCAAGUUAUCGAACUCUCUUUACUACCGCCAAACUCCAAAGGAAUUAUGCCUGCAGGAAUACAACGAUUUCCUUUCGAAUUCCCAAUCCCGGCUUCUUUACCAGCAAGUACGUUUAUCCGAGAUCGAAUCGAAAUCUUUUAUCAAGUCAUUGCCACAAUCCGUCGUUCAGCGCGUCUAGAUCACUCGGGUCAUACAAAUCCUUUGAAUUGGAUAGAAAAAGUUCGCAAUACUGGUCUCAAAAAGAAAUAUACACACAGCGCAUCGCUAAGAAUUGUUCGACCUAUACAAUCGUUUAUAAACGAAGGCGCAUCCGAACAAGAUACGACAGCAGUUCCCUCGCCUUUACCAACACCCUCGAAUGAACCUGGAUCUCAGGAUGACUCACAGCAAACACCCAGCUCUGAUACAUCUUCUUCAAACGACAAUAGAGCAUCUACAGGGAGUCAAAUGAGCUUAGCAUGGAAUCGUCGAGACUUGAGCGAAUACCAAGGCUUUGAUGAACAAUACAAUCAAUUUACAUUCUCUUUGGCCGGAAGAACUAUCAGCAAUUUCAAUCAACCUGCAGAAAAAUUACGAAGCGUUCAUGGCAUUAGAUAUAAGAUGAGUGUGGAUCGUACAGCCCUUGUUUUAGGCACAAGUAUCGGCGUUGAGCUUAUGAUUGAACCCACAGUUCGCAAAGUGAAAUUAAAGUCUAUUCUAUUAAAAAUUUCUGAAAACAGGCUAUAUACAAUGAAGAUUCCUGCAGAUCAUUCAUGGGAUUCCCGGUUACCUGAAACAAGAAAAUAUAACGAAGGCGUCAAGAUGAUUUUGAAGUGGGCUUACAAUUUUGAGGCUGAAGAUGAAGAACUGGGAAUGAAAAACGUGGCAAAUGUAGAUACCUGUGUCGGCUGCAAGUUUGUGCAUCAACGUUCUGAAGACAGUACAAAAGUAGCUUAUUUUGAUCCACCUUCGCCUGGAGAUCCCUCUACAAAGCUAUUCCUAACAAAUGGAGCAAGCAGUAAGAGCUCAAGUACAAAGCCAUGUCGCAUAAAAGAAGUCGAAAACUACAACACCAAUUCCUCUGGCCAGAAAAAGCUGGUGAACUUGAAGGAAAUUGAUCAACCUAUCAAACCUGGUGAAUACUUUGGUGGUCGUUUUGUUAUGCCUAUGCCGGAUUGUGACAGCAUACUGCACCCUAGCAUGACAUAUGACUCUGUAAAGAUCAGUCACUGGCUACAGUUAUCAGUCACUCUUGAAUGUGAUAACGAAACCUUCAAUAUCGAUCUAGACUCUCCUAUGCAAAUGUUGGACUGCCGAUUGGUUGCUGCUGAUGAUGAAAAUCAAACGAUUUUGCCUCCUCCUCCUACUUAUCAAGAACAAGAAGCAAACUCCUUACAACAGAAUUUUUAUACUGCAAGCACAUUUUGGGAACAACGUGAGCCUAUCACAAGUGUCUCUGGCUGGGGCGACUGCCAACCUUGUCCUUGCGAAAUUCGAAAAAUGCAAAAGGGAAAGAACAAGCAAGACAAGUCAAAGAGAACUUCAGGGAGCAUGUCUCUCAUGUCAUCAUCAAGUCAGGCUAAACCCCCAAAGGACGAUAAUGACGCCGACUCUUAUUCUUCUCGAUUUUUGCCUGAAUGGGGCCCUCCUCCUUGUUAUUCUGAUUAGGGAUUUAAACUUACAUCUCACUCCUUUCUUUUUUAUUCUCUACUAUGUGUAUGUAUAUUCUACAAACUUAUUUAUUUUCCCUUUUUAUCUCCUUUAUCAACAUUUUUAUGUAAAUAGAAU